AUGAUCUGGCUAAUAGCCCCUCAUAUUAUUAUUUCCUGCACGUCAGUUCGAUCAGAUCAACGUGGGGCUCUCACAUCAACUUUGUACAUUAGGUACCUAAGGUAGCCAGAUACCUAGCUUAUCCAACCACUAUCAACAUCAACAUCAUUCGAAAUGGGUGCGAAGAAGAAGGCCGACAACAAGUCGAACAAUAAGGAUUCCGGCGACAAAGAUGAUAAAAAGGGUGGUAAUAAAGUGAAAGGCGCACAGUCCGUCGUGGUUCGCCAUAUCCUGUGCGAAAAACACUCCAAGAAGGAAGAAGCGCUAGCUAAGAUCAGGGAGGAUCCCACUCUGAGUAAUUUCAUCGCAGUGGCUAGAGAGUAUAGCGAGGAUAAAGCGAAACAAGGCGGUCUCCUUGGUACACAACGGAAAGGAUCACUACAACCUGAAUUCGAAGAUAUUGCUUUCGCGCUACCAGAGAGUAAGGGCAGUAAUCUCAACAUCGGAGAGGCGAAGACGGCGUUCGGAUACCACCUAAUUGUAGUAGAAGAGCGCAAAUAAGCUCGUAAUCACCAUGAUAACAAAAACCUUCACGGGUCAAAAAAAGAGGCUUUGCAGCCGAGAUUGGUAAUGCAAGUUUUCCUUGAUUCCUGAUGCAGUAUAGACCCCCUAUUUUUUCCCCCGGCAUCUAUGCCAGAUGGUCAAGCCGGUAGAGUACAUGCCAAGGGCUCAUGACGAUGGCU